ACUACCGAUAUACUUUCAUCUUUGUCAAGUCAUGUGCACGCAAAUUGAGAGAAAGCCUUCAGCAUCAUGAAAUGACACACUGCUAUUUGAUUUAUAAUAUUAGACAUAAGCUAUUCGAUGAUGAUAUAAUACAGUACUUAACUACUAUUUUACACUCCUUCAGUUUGUACAGCCACUUCACGAAGAAAACAUUUACUUUUUACCGAUAUAGCUACUGUUAAUUUAAUUUCGUUCAAAAGAUCAGAUUUAACAUGAAAUUAGCAACUUUGGCGAUUUCUUUCGUAAUUCUUUACCCAGUUGUGGCGCCACCGCCUUUAGACGUUGAAUUGAGAGCUAAAAAGGAGUUUUAUGAUGAAUUGAACGACGCGAAAGAGGAUGUUUUGGAUGUAUUUGGUGACAAUCUUAUUCCAGACUCUAUAGAAGAUGUGAUCGAAGAUUCAAAUACCGAAGAUCCGAUUGAGAUUAAAAGUGACGAAUCUAGUGAAUUUGUUCCCGUAUCGAUACCAAAUAAGUUCGAUAAAUACGAUUCCAACGAUGACGAUUUUAUCGACGAAGGAGAACUGCUCGCCAUUCUUGGAGUGACAGAAAAUGAAAACGUUGCUUUUAAAGCGGCUGACGAUGAUGGUGAUGGAAUGCUCUCGCGUGAUGAAUUUGAAAAUGGGCCAUGGGAUCUUGAUAGUGGAGAUGUAGAUUUAUCUGACGACAACGUUUCUGACGACAAAUUAGAAGAAUCCGUUGAUGAUGUUAUAGAAGAUUUCAUUGACUUUGAUGACGAUGAAUUUGAAAAUAUUUUGGAAAAUCAAAUUAGCGAUGACGUGAAAAGUAACGAGAUCGACAAUGACAUUGUUGAUGACAUCAUUGAUGACGUGAAAGAUAAGGUUGAAGAUAAGGUUGAAAUUAUUAACGAUAUCGUUGAAGACAUCACAGAUAAUAUGACCGAUGAUGACAAUACAAUCAUCGUUAACCGCGAUACUGCUGAUAAAAAUGACGAUAAAAGAGAUGAUAACUAAUGUUGAUUCCAAAACAAAAUAAAAAAAAUAAAAAUA